GACUGGGAAGCAAUAUCUUAUCGGGAUGUGGGUGCUACUUGCCAUAUGCUGUCUCGUUAUAAUUGCUAGACUUGCAGUGCGCGCAUGGAAGAGGUUGUGGACUUUUUGGAUAUCCGACCUCUUUCUUGUGUUGGCCCUGUUGACUUUCACGACUCUUGCGGUUGGGGACACCUACUCAUUCUCCAAGGGGUACACUUCAUUUGCAGAAUACUAUGAUGAAGGGUUCACUAAAUGGAUGUUUUCGUCCGUGCUGGUUUUUGAAUUGGGGUUUUAUCUCCCAAGAUUUAGCCUCCUUGCGUUCUAUUAUCAGCUGUUCCCUGUUUCUGAGGAGAAGCUAAGAAUGUGUUUACAUGUGGCUACGGGUUACAGCGUUUGUGCGUUUUUAACUGUAGGACUCGUAUAUGUGUUCUGGUGUGGUGUUGAUGUGGCUCAGAACUGGUCAUCGAGUGAAUCGGCGUGCAAGGUAACGCUUAUCGCGUUGCCAACUUACAUUGUGUGGCCUCUUGGUGUAACAUCAGAGUUACUUGUGUUUUUCCUUCCGUUUGGUAUGCUCAGAAGACUGAAAAGCCUAAGGAAGAGGGAAUGGAACAGCCUUGUAUUACUCUUCUUACUCGGUGCUGUGACGAUCCUCAUCAGUGUUGCUCGUUUCAUUCUCAACGUACAAUCGAUAUUCUCCUACGACACGUGUAAGAAUAUGCAGUGGACCCAUCGGAAUCGGUCUAAAAUAUUAACCAUGGGCAGAUUUUGUGGGCGCAAUGGAAACCGCAUCCCAGAUUAUAGUCUCAACACUGCCUGCACUACGGCCUUUGCUAGGGUUAGUGGUAUCUGGCUGGCAAACCCUUUCGAGGUCUGGAGAGAACACAGAGUAGUAUGGUGACGGUUCUUUGAAGCAUCUAAUUCGAUACCAGUAUUCUUUGAUAAUAUUGUACUAUUGGCAAUGGAGAG